CUUCUUCCAUGGCUAAAGCACUCGGGCAAAUAAAAGAAAUAAAUAUAGUGAGUUGUGAACUGAUGGAGGAAAUUAUUGAUGUGCAAGAAGAAGAAUUGGAGGAAGCCAAAACCACUUACACUUUAAAGUUUCCUAUGUUAACCUCCUUGUCUCUUGAGGAAUUGCCGAAUCUCAGGACAUUCUCUUUAUGAAAAAUAUGAUAUUCACUGUCCAUCCUUAACAAGACUUAAGAUAUCUAAAUGUCCCAAAAUGAUGACAUUCUUUUCAUUCGAAAGAAAGCAACAAUUGAUGAGAGCUGAUAGAGGUUUACAACAAGCAUUGGGUCAUAUCAACUCUGGCUUGUCCUUGCCUGUUUUUUUCAAUGAAAAGGUUGAGUUUCCCAAUAUGGAGUCGAUGAAGAUCUUGCACAUGGAUAUCUUGGAGAAAAUAUGGCUUGAUGAUCUUGCUUCAAAUGCCUUUGGCAAACUCAAGACUCUAGUAGUGCAGUAUUGUGACAAACUUUCAUCCAUAUUUUCAUCUUAUACUAUGCUCACGAGAUUUCAAAAUCUAGAGAAGAUAGUCGUAACUGAUUGUGAGUCCUUAGAAGCGGUAUUUAACAUCCAAGAGUUCAAUUUUAGUGAAGCUCGUUCUACAAGCUCUUUCAUGUUGAGAGAAUUAGUUUUGAUGCGGCUCCCAAAAAUGAAGCAUGUGUGGAGUGGAAUUUCUCAAGGAGGUCUUUCCUUUAGAAGCUUACGAUGCAUGAAAGUUAUCGAGUGUGAGAGUCUCAAAAGUUUAUUUCCAAGCUUGGUGGCAAAAAAUAUGACACAACUUGAAGAACUUCUAGUACAAUCUUGUGGAGUGGAGCAAAUAAUAACAAAGGAAGAUGGAGUAGGCAUGAGUACAUGUAAUCUCUUCUUUCGACGAUUGGCCAACCUAACGUUACUUGAGUUGCCGGACCUAAGGAGCUUCUAUGAGAAUAGUCAUACUUCAACAUGGCCACUCUUGAAGGAAUUGCGAGUUAGACACUGUGGUAAGAUGAGGUCUUUCUCAGCUGCUUGUGAAAUUCAAAACUGCCAAGGUACAACUACCAACGAGAACCAACCUCCACUCUUUUCUUCGGAAAAGGUCAUUCCGCACUUGAAGGCAUUGACAUUAGUGAGGGAGGAUAUUGAGACGCUGCAACAUUACUGCUUUGGCAAUCUCAAAGAUCUGGCUUUGGGAUGCUACCAUGAUGAAAAUGUCGUUUUUCCCUCCAACUUCCUUCUCCACAAAUUCCCCAAUCUAGAAAUUCUUUCUGUGAUCUGUAGUUCCUUCGAGGAAGUAUUUCCAGAAGAUGCAUCGGGACAUGGGGGAUCAACUCCCUAUGGAGGACUUAGUAACGUGGAGAAACCUCUCAAGGUACUUGGAAAUCUGAAACAAUUUGAGCUGUUGUACCUAUGUAACUUGAAGCAAGUUUGGAAAGAUGGCUCCGUGAUGGCUGAAAUCCUUAAACAGAUUGAAUUUCUAUUCAUUUGGGAUUGCCCUAGUUUGUCAAUCGUGCUUCCAUCCUCGGCUUCAUUCCAAAGAUUGAAGCAGUUGGAAGUAAAGGAUUGCGCUAGUUUAGUUCAUAUGGGAACUUGCUCAGCAGUGAUAAGUCUGAUGCAACUUACUUGGCUAAUCCUAAGAAAUUGCAGUACAAUGGAAGAUGUGGUAACAGAUGAUGGAAAUAGAGCAGAGGAGAUCUCUUUCCCUAAGCUAAAAUGGUUGAUACUUGACAGUUUACCAAGCCUUGAGAGCUUCUCCCCCACAAAUUUCCCCUUCAGGUUCCCAUUAUUAAAGCGUGUUGUCAUCACACAGUGCCCCAAGAUGAAUCUAUUCUGCAUGGGUGCCUUGAGGACACCAAACGUAGAUAAAGUAUUCCUCUCCAACGAGGAUGACGAAGGAUGUUGGGAGGGGGACCUUAAUACCACCAUCCAAACCUUAUCAACAUGAAACCGUCAACACUGAAUUCAAUAAGUCAGGUUCGAAGAUUGUGAGGUUUUGUUAUUCGGGGACUAUAUGCUUGCCCACUCCUAUGCUUAAUCUUGAGGAGUCUCGGUAGUUAGACAUGUCUUACUGACAAUGUUUGUUUCUUUAGAGUAUCAUGAUCACUACCAUCAAAGUGGUUGCUUUUAUUUGCUAGAAAGUGUCUCCCGUAGUAAGAAGUUGAAGCAAGCCUUUUGCAACUUGUGCUUUAAUAGUGCUCUAGUGCAUGGUGUUGAUGUGCCGACAUGUGGUAUUCAUGGUGGGCAGGUGUUUCAUUGAAUAUCUUACUCUCUUUUUUUCUUAUUUGGGAUGUCCUCCCUAUGUCCUUUCAUUGAUAAUGUUAUUGGUGUAGCAUAAUGUUUGGGCAUUUAAGCAAUUGAAUGUGAGGGUGCCGAUCCUUUAUCAAACUAUGUAGAGAUUUUGUGUGAUUGUUGGCUUUUAGGUUACCUUGUUUUGG